CAAAAUGGGCUUUGGCUGUUUUCUGCUGACACGUAAUCUCUUCUCUUCUUUUUCUUACUCACUCGAGUCUCGACAUUUCCGAGGUACACACCCAACAUACAAAAUCUCUCUCUAUUUUGCUCAUAAGCCUCACUGUAUAAGCUUUGAAUUUUCCCAGAAUUGUAAGUUCUAUGCUUUUUGGAGUGAGAUUUGAAGAAUCCCAAUAGACAAAAAGGCAAUCUUUUGGGAUUGGGAUUUUAAAUUAUGGUUGAAUUUUCAACUGUUUAAGAUCUGGGUGUGUCUUUAGAAUUUUCAAAGGGAAGAGGAUGUAUGCUGUGGGGAGACUAGGUAGCUAUAUAUCUCGUGGUGUUUAUACUGUGUCUGGUCCCUUUCAUCCCUUUGGUGGUGCUGUUGAUAUAAUUGUAGUUGAACAACCUGAUGGGACCUUUAAAACAUCACCUUGGUAUGUUCGGUUUGGUAAAUUUCAAGGGGUUUUAAAGACCAGGGAAAAGGUUGUUAGUAUCUGUGUUAAUGGAAUUGAAGCGAAUUUCCAUAUGUUUCUUGAUCAUAAAGGGGAAGCAUAUUUUUUAAGGGAAGUAGAUGGUGAAGAAGGGGAAUCUGAAGGUGUUCCAUUUCCUUUUCCUUCUGGAUAUGAUACGGAUGAGCCUAUGUCUGUUAAUAGAAUGCCAAUGAAGUCUAAAAGUUGUAACUAUGAUGCUGAUAGGUCUAAUUCCGCGGGUGAUGUUGAUGUGAGUAAUGGGAAGAUUUUGGCUAGGACUACUUCUCGGAGGUCACGGAUAUUUGGACUUGUUUUUGGACGGAGGUCGAUGAAGGAGGAUGGUUACCAGGAAGCUAUAGGUGCUGCUGAUGUAAUGAGGUUAGAUCCUUUGGAGCGUGCUGAAAUUGCUGCUGACUUGUUGGAGGUGAAGUGGUCUACUAAUCUUAUAUCUAAUGGAUCAAAUACUAAUGGUUCUGGAUUACCUUCAACGAAUGAUGCAUUGGAUGAUAAAGGCUCCGAAGAGCAUACACCGAUUACUCGUGAAGAAAACCAGUUUCAAUCUUCAGUACAUGAUGAGGAGGGAAAGAAUAAUGUUGAAGAAAACCAGUUUCACUCUUCAGUACAUGAUGAGGAAAAUGGUGUUGGUCACCAGACAUUACUAGAGGAAACUGAAUGCUGCAACGAGCAAAAGGUCAGUUCUCAUUCCGGCCUUGAGAAUGUGGAGUAUUCUGUCGAGGAAUCUAGCAUACAAGUGUCUUAUCUAGGUGUGGAGCAACAACUUGAUGAACCCUCAUCAUUAGGUGAAGGUUUUAUGGAAGAUAAAAGCAAAGUAAUAGUCAAUAAUUCGGUAAGUAUUGAUGACCAAAGUGUUGUAAAUUCUGAUCACAAUGAGAACGACAUGGGUGCUGUCUUAGACAUGAGUGGUCCUGAUCUACAAUGUCAACAUAACUUUGAAGAAUUUACGGACAAGCGGUUUGAUGAAGAACCCGGUGGUACUGAAAGGAAUGUUGUUUUACCAGUCCUUGGGAAUUCCAAUAAGGAGGUUGUUCCAGAGAGUCUUCAACCAUUUGUUUACUCCAAAAUGUCAGAGAGCUCGGUAAUAACUUCGGAUGGUUCAAGUGAACAAACUCAUCAAAUAAUGAGCGUUUCCGAUGUAGGAAAUGGGAAAUUACGUGUUCAUGCUGAAACGCUGGUUACAACGACUGCGCUAGUGCCAGAGGUUAUGGUUCUUAAGCAAACGGAGGACAUGGAGUUGGAUUCUGAAGGGGAAAUAACAGUCUCGGAAUCCUGCUCUCAAAUGGCUAGUGUUGACCCUGUAAUUGGUUUAGAAGAAAUGAAGUUACAUAGCUUUCACACCUCUUCCACCAUCAGUGAUUUGGGUGAUCAAGCUGAAGAUGAGAAAAAUACUGACGAUGUUGUCCAUUGUUCUUUGGAGUCCGUUGAUGAUUCUCAAAACUUUUAUCAUGAUCGUAACCCCAAGAGAAGUAUUCCACCAUCAGAGAGUUCUGAUGAUGAACAAUUCCUUUUUAGUGACCUCGAUGAACUCAAACUUUGUGAGCCAGAUUCUGUAAAUAAAGAUCUCCAUCCUUCAGCUUGUAUAGAAAAUGAAGGAAAUGGUUUGUGUAAUGUUAAUAACGAGUCAUAUUUAAAUCCUGAUAAUUUUGUUCAGGAGAAUCCGUCAAAUGAUCUAGAAGACUCUGUAGGAAAGUCAAGGACUAUAUCUAAUCCUAUUAGUAUUUCCAGAAAUCAUAGACUAGCUGGUGAGAAUAAUGGGUUGCAGGUGGAAUCACUUCCUAAUAUGUGGUCUCUGGAUGCCAAGUUUGACGCAAAUAACCAUCGUCCUGUAAGCCAUUCUAUGGACUCAAGUUCUGGAACCAUGAAGUGGACAUCAAGCACGAAAGAUGAUAUGAGCUGUAAAAGGUUGGAUGCAGAUCAGGAACAACCAUUAGAACAUGAAAGGUCUAGUAGUGAUGAGAGCGAGACUUCAGGGAAACUGAAAAAUACUCUUUAUAAUCCUGCUGUUGAGAUAUCUCUUUGCAAACACUUACUAUAUGAAGGGAUGGGGGCCGAAGCUGCAUGUGAAGUGUUUGAUGCUGAAAAACUGGAUAGCAAAAAAAUUAGCUCUUUAGGUGCUGCUGUUGUGAAGAAUGAUAAACUUGUUGUUCGAAUUGGGGGUCAUUACUUUCCAUGGGAUGAAGCAGCACCUAUUAUUUUAGGGAUGGUUGCGUUUGGAAGUGAAAAAAUAUUUGAACCCAAAGGCAUGAUACCAGUUGACAGAGUGGAGAAAUCCAUUGAAGGGGAUCCAUCAAAAGAUGUUUCCCGUAGUGGUAGCUGGAGGCUUUGGCCUUUUUCUUUGAAAAGAUCAAGAUCUAGGAAGGCUGUGCAACUGGCUCCAGCCGAUACCAGAGAUUUGGAUGCUGAGAUUGCUGCAGAGGUUACUGCUGCUAUUGACGAUGAUAAAAAUUUGCUUAAAUCCAAGCAGAUGAAGAAAAUGAUCAGGGCAAUCACUCCAACCUCUGAACAGUUGGCUUCGUUGAAUCUAAAGGAUGGGAUGAAUCAUAUAACCUUCACGUUUUCAACCCCAAUGCUAGGGAAGCAGCAGGUUGAUGCCAGAAUCUAUUUGUGGAAAUGGAACACUCGUGUAGUAAUCUCAGACGUUGACGGGACAAUUACAAAAUCAGAUGUUCUUGGCCAGUUCAUGCCUUUGGUCGGGAUAGAUUGGUCACAAACAGGUGUUGCGCAUUUAUUUUCAGCUAUUAAGGAAAAUGGUUAUCAGUUGCUUUUUCUUAGUGCACGUGCAAUAGCCCAGGCAUAUAUCACCAGACAAUUUUUAGUCAACCUUAAGCAGGAUGGUAAGGCAUUACCAGAUGGGCCAAUUGUUAUAUCCCCUGAUGGACUUUUUCCAUCCCUAUAUCGAGAAGUUAUUAGAAGAGCUCCUCAUGAGUUCAAGAUUGCUUGCUUAGAGGAGAUUAAGGCAUUGUUUCCAUCUGAUUGCAAUCCAUUCUAUGCUGGUUUCGGGAAUAGAGACACCGAUGAAAUCAGCUACGUUAAGGUUGGAAUCCCGAUAGGAAAAAUCUUCAUUAUUAACCCAAAGGGUGAGGUUGCCGUGAACCGUCGUGUUGACACAAAAUCUUAUACAUCUCUUCACGCUCUUGUUCAUGGCAUGUUUCCACCGACUACCUCCUCCGAGCAGGAAGAUUUCAAUUCGUGGAAUUUCUGGAAACUGCCACCUCCUGUAUUCGACAUAUGAAGUUGUCGGCUAAAGUAUGUUGCUUUAGCAUUUGGAUGACAAGAUAGAUGGAUGAUGAUUUCUUCGAUCAUUCCGGAGCUGUCCAGGUUAUAAAUAAUCAUGACUGCUUGAAGAACUUUCACCCUGCUCUCAAAAGUGCAGAUUCGGUCAACUCUCGGUUGUCGUCGAAAAUAAUUUAUUUGAAAUUUUUUAUAGAAUCUCUGAAGCUUUAUAAUGGCUUCAUUGUAGUUUGAUUUAUAAUUUGUAUAGUGAAUUAUUGUGAUCCCACAAACAAUUCCAGUAUGUAUACAUUCAUGGGAGAAAAGGGUAGUUUUAAUUAUUGUUUAUAUAUAUAUUUGUUGCUUAUACAAAAUAAA